ACGUGGGAUCCCGGAGACGAGGAGCGUGUUAGCUGCGACUUUUGAGUUGUUUUACGCGAUAAGACGACGUGUUUUACACCUUUUGAAGCUCUGAAAACACGAAACCGUCGACAUGUUCCUCCAGUUCUACGAAAACGAUGCCGGAGACCGAGUCUACACGCUGAAGAAGUAUUGUCCCGCCGGGGAGCCCACCAGCUCGGCCCACCCGGCUCGCUUCUCCCCAGACGACAAGUUCUCCCGCCAUCGCGUGACGGUGAAGAAGCGCUUCAGCCUCCUGCUCACCCAGCAGCCCAGACCCAUUCUGUGAGAGGUGGAGGGAUGGAGACCGGACCCGAAAGUGGAGCGCCGCGGGCGGAGAUUGGGACUGUAAAGUUGGAGAGAAAAACACACAUUCAGAAUCACAGCUUGGGAACGUGCAGCCAGGAUUUGGCCUCGGGUUCACCCACAUGUUGGGGUCUGUCGUGUAGCGUUGGAUAUUAGCUGUCGAGGAUCCUCUUUUUAUGUAUCGUAAUUUGUUCCCAUUCAUUUUAGGAUAAUGCUAUAAUUUUGUUUUCUUAUGGAAUAAAUGUUUGCUUGAUA